AUGGAUACUUUUGUGUUCUUCUUGGCUUUAGUAGGUGCUGCAGUUGCUGGUACCCUCAACCCAACUCCAUAUGAUGACCCCUGGGAAAGGGUAUGUCCCAUCCAUCAGACAUUCUCAAGACUAGAAAGCCAACACAGCAACAGGAAGGAGGACCGCACAUGGACCUACACAUGUAAAGAAUCACCAGCAAAGUUUGGUCCAGUCGAUCGGUGGUCAGAAGAAUGGACAGUUAUGGAUGCCAAAGUUAGACACGAAUGUGGUUCUAAUGAGGUGGUCGCCGGCUUCAGGAGUGAACAUAGCAAUCAUCAUGAGGACAGAAAGUGGCAGUUCAUGUGUCGUCAGCUGACCUUCGGGACCCUCACAGACUGCAUGUGGACUGGAUUCUGGAUCAACGACUUAGACGGUGACCUGAACUACGAUAUUCCUGCCGGUCACAUGAUGGUUGGGCUCUUGAGCAAGCAUGACAACUGGCAGGAAGACAGGCGGUUUAAGGUCAAAACAUGCCACUAUGUUGACAAAACCUGUGUCUAGUAAAA